AUGGCCUCGAUGUUCAAGAAGGUACCCAAGACUGAUUUGACAACAACAUCCCCAGCCACCAACAACAGCAACAGAGGAGGCGCUGGAGGUCGACGCAGCCUGUUCACGCGCCGACCUGGUCGGCAGAAGCUGACGGGGUUGUUUGCAGAUGGGAUCUGGUAUUGUGAUUGUGAGCCUCGUCUCCCUGCCGAACACUUCCAGGUAAAGAAAGAAAGUGCGAACAAAGGUUGUUCACCCAGCACUCUCAUGUGUAGUCUUAAUUGCACAACUGACUUCUCUAAAGGCAGAUGGUUCUACACUUGCCAGAAUGGAGAGGGGCGAAGGUGUGGCUUCUUCAUGUGGAAUGAGGACGCCCAUCCCCGAGAAGCAGCGGCUCUUCUGAACAAUUCCAGGACCGAAACCAAGAACCCACCGGAUAAGCCCUUAUCCCCGGUACACCCCUCGUCCCAGACAAUGCAGUCAUCUUCGAAUACCGCAUUAACUCUAAGCCAGCUCAACACGGCAUCCAAACGACCGUUCUCAGACACUGCCCUUGACCAUGCUGAUACUGAUCAUGAUUCCUUCCCCUGGUCUCUAUCAGGCCAAGAAGAGACCGAGUUGCUUGCUGCACCAGAAACUCCACGCAAGGCAGUCAAGUUCGACGGCCUUGCCACGCCAGCGACUAGUGCGCACAGGAAAUUGCCAUGGCUGGAACAAUCUGCCCAGUCGCCUUCCACAAUCUCUGCGAAAGCAACUCCCUCCAAGCCCUCUACUCUGCUGCAGCAUCCUACGUCGUCAAAGUCGGUCGUUGCACGGCACAGUGCCUUAACACCGCAGGUCACUCCCAGUCCCGCACGCUUCCACGAUCCGUCAGCAGAUACAUCGUCGUUCCGAUCCACGCUCAAUCAAGAUGUCUUCGCCAUUCUGAGCGACUCGAACGUUACACUGCCAGCUAACCUGACAGAAAAACUUGGCGAAGUCUUGAAACGUCACGAGCUACGCACUCAGGNNGGGGUCAUCAAGGGCAGAGAGAUCACCCGUCUUGCUCUCAAGGCACGCGAUGCCAAGAUUGUUGAGCUCCAAGCCACUAUCGCAAGCCUUGAAGCAGAAAAAGAUGUUGAUCAUGCACGUAUAACAAGACUAGAAUGGGAGAAAGACAUCUCGGCAAAGAACCAGAACUUUGACCCAGACUUGUAA